CACAUCGGGAUUGUGUGGAAGGUACAAGUGGAGCCGUCGGAACACAAACGCAUCAAUUAGAAAAUAAUUGCGAUAUGAACAAAAAAUCAGUCGGUCCUCUCGGCCUCCGUACAAUCGGUCUCGCGACAUUUCCCAGGAGGAAACGCAGCUACGAUGCUACCGGAUUGAUAGCUUUACGGUAUUGACGGUUUCACCACCGGCUGGAUGGAGAAGAAAACGCCUGACUGUUAUUAAGGAAGGGUUUCCAGAGAUUGGGAGCACUUCCUGCCAUCAAAUUCCUGAUCAUCAUCCUAAGGGUGGAUUUGAAGAUGUAGCCAAGAGUGCGGUGGGUCACCUUCUGCAGCACCUCAACAAUCCUAAUCAGUAACUUCUCGAGUAAUCAGUAACUUCUCGCUGCGAUCCGAAGUCUGGAGCCCUCUGCACCCGAACCCCGGCUGCCUUGUGCGCUAGUCUGCCACCAUCAGUCAGUCCGCAGCUGGUAGAAGACCCUUCUGACCUCCGUUAUGCUGUUCUCCUUGAAGGAACUGGUCCAGUGGCUGGGCUUUGCCACCUUUGAACUCUUUCUCCACCUGCUAGCCUUUCUGGUCUUCAGCAUGCUGGUCGCUCUGCGAGCCGACAUGUUCACCCCCGCGCUGAGCUGGUGGGUGGUGUUUGUCCCGCUGUUUGCUGCCGACGGCCUCAGCACCUACUUCACGGCCAUUGUGUCAAUCCGUCUCUACCAGGAGAAUGAGAAGCGCCUGGCCGUGCUGCGGCUCCUCUGGGUGCUGACGGUGCUCAGCCUGAAGCUGGUGUGCGAGGUGCUGCUGUGCCAGAAGCUGGCGGAGCAGGAGCAAGCCAGAGACCUGUGGUUUGGCCUUAUCGUCUCGCCGCUGUUCAUCCUGCUGCAGCUGCUGAUGAUACGAGCGUGCCGCGUCAAUUGAGGAGCGAGGCCGACCACACGGGAAGAAAGAGCAAUCGUCAUCUGCCAUUAGAGAUUUAAAGCGUAACAAUGGUGUCAAUUUUCUUUUGGCUGCUUUUUCUACACAUAGAAAAGCCACAUUCACGUUCGCUGGUCCGGAACAGAGUUUGUACAUAUUUGUGUUUCUAAUAGCUACGAAAUGGACACAACUCCGUCCUCGAUUGAGUCAUAGUGCAGUAUUUCUCUCCCCAGGAAAAUGUAGGCUAUUGUAUACCAGCACCAUGAGUUCUCAAUGAGAUUGAUGGGGGGGGUUACUGGUGUUUGUUUUUUGAUACUUUUAGGAAUACGAAGAAUCAGCAGUACAUGUGUAUUUGGGUCAUGGUGUGCCUUUUACACUGUGCAAUCAAUGUUUAAACAAUGAGCCAUGAGGACUAUGUCUACCACAGUUAUGUUUUAAUGCACAUGUGCACAAUACACAUGUCAGUUUAAUAAACAGUUGAAACCUGAAGGCUGCAAUGCCCCAGGCACUUUUUUGGACAUCUGUCUUGAGUAACAGAGCUGAAGAGAUGCAGCAAAAAAUGUUUUUUUUUUCCUCCCAGAGGAAGACGUUGCUUGCCAACACAAUUUGGUUAGGUUAAUUAUCAUGUGUCUUACUUUGUUGCCUGUUUCAAGAAGUGUUGCUCACCCCCCCCCCUUCCUUCUCCACAAGUUGCCGCGCUUGUCAAUUCCAUCAAGAACAGUCUGAAGAGCAAUAAGCUGUCUCUGAAACUUCGUCUGCUGAAAGUCUCACAUCCACGUAGGAAAACUGAAUGUGAUUUCUUCAGUCAGUUGUGUGCACACGUCUUCUCUAUAUAUUACUAUUUAUUUGUACAAUAUGUAAUAUAUUUGAUCUGAGUUUGAUCAUAUCUUGUGGAUGUAAUAGAUGUAUUGAAGGUCUCAUUUUAAGGGAAAUGUUGUCAGAUUCUGUGUAAUAUGUAUAUGUUGAUUUUGGAAAUAAAUUGACAAUCUUA